AUGGCUAGUCGUCCUUUAAUUGUGAACGUUGUUGCCCAAGCUUACUGGUAUCAUAGUAAUCUGACAUCUUUAUCGAAAUUGAUAUCGACGUUCGCUGGAGAAGUCUGUAGCCGCGCUAAUACGGAAAACGAUCUUUGGUACGCCCUGAGGCUUGUUGUGCCCUUACUGCAGCGAUGUUACGAUUGGCGAGAGAAAGUGAAGCAUGAAGAGAGCCUGAAAGUGGUUAGUGUAUUGUAUACGAAGAUUGGAGACAUCACCGAACGUUAUGGCGAUAUUUUGCACGGAGAUGAACUGUGCGAUCUGCUGUACUACUUCAAGUACAUGUUCGUUGGCGAUUUCCUGAGAAAAGAAGCUGAAGCGGCGUUUCCAAGGUUUCCACCACGUAUGCGAGAACGGCUCAAGUUCUACACCUCGUUCUCGUCGAACAAGGAAAAAGACGAGGAAUGCCAUACAAAAAUGAGCGCUGUCAAUCGGCCUGAUCUGGCAAAGUUAUUGAAAUCUCGAUCAAAUGCGGCUGAACGAUCAGCUGAAAGUUCAAUGAGUGGUGUUGAUCACUAG